UGAAAAAAGCCCUUCAGAGACCUUAGCAUCCAGAAACAUUGGAUGGACAGCAGGUGCAGCACCAGGACAAAAGAGGACGGGAAAAAGCAUUUCAGAGACUGUUCAGUGGAGCUCCUGUUCGAGGCAUCCCGGAGCGUCUAUCUUCGGAAAGAUGGCACCAGCCAAGACACAGUUCCAAUGCCUGCUGCUGGUCCUGCUGCUGGGGUUGUGGGUGGCCGAGAGUCCAGUCAGUGCCAAGCCCAGUGGCAUGACCUCAGCUCAGUGGUUUGAAACACAGCACGUACAGCCCGACCCUGAACCAUGUAGCACAGCAAUGCCCAAGAUCAACCAGUACAACAAAUACUGCAAAAACAUCAACACUUUCCUGCACGAGACCUUCACCAGCGUGAUCCCCAUCUGCAACACCCCCAGCAUCGCCUGCAAGAACGGCAAUGACAACUGCCAUGAGAGCUCAGCACCUGUGUCCAUGACCAAUUGUCAGUAUGUUUCAGGGUCAUAUCCAGAUUGCAAGUACAAGCAAACAGAACAGGUUGCAAACUACAUUGUGGCCUGUGACCCUCCACAAGCCAAGGACGACUCAUCAUACAAGCUGCUCCCCGUGCACUUUGAUAAAAUUGUCUAAGGCUUGCUGUCCCACAAACUCCGCAGGCUUUUUCUUCCGCUGCUGUAUUUUCUCUCUAAUUCGUUGCAAAUACCAUUUCCUACCCACAAAACCAACCUCACAUGCUCUUGAUUCUUUAGGGGGUUCAUGGAUGCUUCAAAUGAUGGGGGAAGAAGGAUCAUUCUCUUUAGCCUCUCUGUUGCUUCCUUUGCUUCUUGUGUGUGGUGCUGCAAGGCCCUUGGAGAUUGAGGCAUGCAGGGUCUCAAGAUGGAUCCAGGUUGUAAAAGGCCUCUGACUUCCAUCACCUAGGAGACCCGCUUAAAGAAGAAGGAUAUAUAGAAUUACAAGUACAAAAAAGUCAGGGCCGUGGUUGGACAGCUCAAAGAAGGGCAGGAGACUCUUGUGUUGGGCAAAGGAAUGCAUUUGGUUUUGAUGAAAUAAAAGACUCUCUGCUAUGCUGAAUGUGUUCUUGUCUGGAGCAGGGGCUGGGUAGGAUGGGGAUGGGGGUGCAGCGGAGGAAAGCUG